AUGAUAACUGGGAACGGUAUCAUAUUUUUAGGUACAGGUUCUUCAUCGUCCACGCCCAAACUAUCCCACAUAUUCAAAAACUCCAAGGUUUUGUCCAACAGAAAUAAGGGGGAACCCCAGAGCUCGGAACUGAGGCAAGAAGACAUUGAACAUAUAGACAAAUUUGUAGACGAGUUGGUUGAACAUGAUAUAGAAUGUAUUGAUCAGCUGAACGAUUUGUAUUUAAGGAAAAGGUACCCGGAUUGCGAUGGUUUAAAAUGCUAUACUUGUUACGAUGCACUGAAUGGUGACUCCAAGAAUAAGAGAAAUAACAUCUCUGUGCUGGUCAAGUCAAAUGACUCGUAUGUCUUAAUUGAUGUCGGGAAAACCUUCAGGGACAGCCUGUUACGGAACAAGGACAAAAUUAACUUCUAUGAAAUCAAGCUAGACUCAGUGCUGAUAAGCCACAGCCACACGGACGCGCUGAACGGGAUAGAUGACCUGAGAGAUCUACAAGAGUACAACAAAAUAACCAUAGGAGACAGCUAUUACUACACCCCAAAGAACCCAAUUGAUAUUUACCUGAAUUCUGUUUCAUAUGAGCGACUACGAAAUGGUUAUGAAUACCUGGUGAAGAAGAGGAAGGAAAACAUUUUCUCUUCCAAAAUAGCAGCACUUAACUUGUUAGUUAUCAAGGAUGAAAAGUAUAACAAAUUAAUCCUUGAAGAAAAAACGGCUAAUCAGAUAAAGGAUGGGACAGCUGUCAUGCCAAAGGAGGACCAUAAAGGUACUACAAAUAGUACACAGAGGAACCCAAUAAAUGGUGGGAACAAAAUUAAGAAGAGUGGGGGGUACGACGAUGAUAAGGGGGGGCAGAAGGAAACCCUCCUCAACAAUGAUGGUGAUGAUGGAAAGGAUUAUGAUGACGAUGGUGAUGAUAACAACAACAAUGAUGAUGAUGAUGGGACUUGUGUAAAUAUACAUACGUACAACAAAAAAGAUGAAUACGGUUAUGUAUACACAGAAUUUGACAAGAACAAGCGCAUAAGAUUUAUUCCGUUCCAACAUGGGCGAAACUACGUAUGUGUAGGCUAUAUCAUAGGAGACAAUGAAAAGUUGGUUUACAUAUCAGACUGUUCUUAUAUACCCCCCAGUUUAUUGGAGUACAUAAAGAAGAUAGGCUCCACGGAAGUGUUAAUCAUAGACGCCCUUUAUUAUAAGGCAAAACAUUAUUCACAUUUUUCUUUGCACGAAAGUAUAAAAAUUGCUCUACUUAUCAAACCGAAGAAAGUGUAUUUUAUUGGAAUGUCCUGCGAUAUAGAACAUUAUAUCACUAAUUUAUUUUUGAAAAAAUUAUCGAAUAAAUAUCCAGACAUUUCCUUUUCCUUGGCUCAUGACGGUUUGUUUGUGCCCAUCAACUUUUAG